AUGGAGUUUCGGGAAUCACACGGCAGGCUGUCGGUGCCUCGCGUGAACGAGGAUGCUCCUCUGGACGACAUCCUGCGGCGUUUACCCCCACAGCAACCUAUAGGCGGGACAGCAGCUUCGCAGCAGCCUGACUAUGGACUCCAGCCUGAUGCAACAUACGUGCUAGCUGGUGGUCUCGGGGGGUUGGGUCGAAACAUCGCCACAUUCCUGGUUGACCUGGGCGCCCAACAUAUUUGUUUCUUGUCGAGAUCUUCCACGGCAUCCCAAGACGCAGAGGCACUUAUGACCGAACUACGCCAGCGGCAAGUUUCCGUCUCGGCAUACAAAUGCGACAUCUCGGACAUGCGGUCUCUUCGAGCCACACUCCAGCAAUGCCGACAGGUGCACCCUCCGAUCAAGGGCAUCAUCCAAUGCGCCAUGGUCUUGCGCGACGUAUCGUUCCAGAAAAUGACCCACCAGCAAUGGCAAGAAGUGCUCUGGCCAAAGGUCCAAGGCAGCGCCAACCUCGCGGUCGCCGCCAUCGAACCGCGCCACCAGCCCUUCUUCAUCAUGCUCUCGUCCUUCACGGCCAUCUUCGGCAAUCGCACGCAAGGCAACUAUGUCGCCGCGUGCGCCUUUCAGGACCCGCUGGCACACGACCUGCGAAAUCGCGGCGUCCACGCAGUAGCCCUCGGCCUCGGCAUCAUGCGCGAUGUCGGUUACCUCGCGAAGCACGGCUCCGUGGGCGCUCUGAAGGACUGGGAACAAGGCUUUGGCUUGCGCGAGUACGAGAUGUGCGCCCUCCUGUACGCCGCCAUGGCCAAACAAACCCCCACGCAACCACGCAACCCAUGA